AUGGCUAAUCGUACAGACGUGACUGCUAUAAAAAUUUUUGGUUCUAAUCCUCAAUAUUUAAUUUCAAAUAUUAUAAGAAGCAAAAUAUAUGAAAGCCAAUACUGGAAAGAAAAAUGUUUUGCUUUAACAUCUGAAUCAAUUAUAGAUCAAGCAAUAAAUUUAAAAUAUGUAGGAGGAACAUAUGGGGGUAAUAGAAAACCAACUCGUUUCUUAUGCUUGAUUUUAAAAUUGUUACAAAUUCAACCUGAUAAAGAUAUAGUAUAUGAAUAUAUAAAAAAUGAAGAGUUCAUUUAUUUAAGAGCUUUGGGAAUUUUUUAUUUAAGAUUGAUAGGAAAAAGUUUAGAAAUUUACAAGAACUUAGAACCUAUUUUAUAUGAUUAUAGAAAAAUUAGAAUAAGACUUCAAGAUGGAACAUUUCAAAAAAUAUAUAUGGAUGAAUUUGUUGAUAAUUGCUUAAUUCUAAAUAACUUUUUAGAUGUAGAUUUUCCAACAUUAACAAAAAGGCAAAUUUUAGAAGAAAAUGAUUUAUUAGAAAAAAGAAAUUUAGAAUAUUAUAAAGAAUUAUUAAAUAUUUCUUCAGAUAAUGAACUAUUAGAAAAUGAAAAGGAUAAGGAAAAAAAAAAUUUGCUGCAAAGUGAUAACCAAGAAAGUGAUUCAAACUGUAGUCAUACAUUUAAUAAAAUUUGUACAGAUGAUGAAAAUGAAAAUGAAAAUAAAACAGAAAAAGGGAAGGAAAAAGAAAGAUAUAAUAGAAAGGAACUAAGAAAAAAAGAAGAAAGAAGAAGUAAAAGAGAAAAAGAAAAAGAAAAAGAAAAAAGAAGAAAGAUUAUAAGUAAAAAGAAAAAUAAUCAUACUUAUUACCAUGGUAAGAAAAAAAAAUAUUCAUCUGGAAAUCAAGAUUCAUAUAGUACUUCUGAUUCAUGCGAAUAUUUUAAAAAGAAGGAAAAAUAUUAUUCAUUUAAGGAUUCUCAUAAAAAAAAAAAGGAAAAAAAGGAAAAAAAAGAAAAAAUUUUAAAAGUAAAAAAAGAUGAAAAAAAAAGAGAAAAAAGCAAAUAUCUUAGUCUAAAAAAAGAUAAAGAUAUAGAAUCAUAUAGAGAAAGUGAUACAUCAUAUGAAAAAUACAUAAAAAAAAAAGAAAAUAACAAAAAUGUAUCUAUUUAUGAUGAAAAUAAAAAGGAAGAUAUGUCCAUUGGCCAAUGGAACAAAAUUAGGAAAGAUUUAGGUAUGAAGCCACUUAAGUAG